AUGGCCCAUACAUUUUUUGAGAAGGAGACCGCAGAGGUUGAAUUCAAAGAAAAUGUGCUUGAGAGUGGUGGAGAUGAAGCCGCUCUCGCCAUUGCCGAGCUCGAUUCCAUUGAGCAGACGCCUGUCUCGCACUUUGUCUGGCUUGUCACCGUCACUUGCUCGGUCGCCGGUGCUCUUUUCGGUUAUGAUACGGGUAUCAUCUCCGCUGUGUUGGUCUAUCUCGGCAAAGACCUCAACGGCCGAUUGAUGGAUAAUCAGGAGAAAGAGGCCAUCACCUCUCUUUGCUCUGGCGGUGCCUUCUUCGGUGCUAUCGUUGCCGGUGUAUAUGCUGAUAGAUUCGGCCGCAAAGCUGGCAUCUACAUUGGCUGCAUCCUCUUCACUGUCGGUGCCUUGAUUCAAGCUGUUUCGUACUCAUUCGCGCAAAUGUGUGUUGGUCGCCUGGUUGUUGGCUUCGGUGUUGGUAGCGCCGCCAUGAUCGCUCCACUUUACAUCAGCGAGAUUGCACCAACUAAACAUCGCGGGUUGAUGAUCGGUUUGAAUAAUAUGAGCAUCACUGGUGGGCAGGUGCUCUCUUACGGAAUUGGUGCCGGCUUCGCAUACGUCCCCCACGGUUGGAGAUAUAUGGUCGGUCUGGGCGGUGUACCUUCUAUCGUCCUCGCUUGCCUCCUCCCAUUCUGCCCUGAGUCACCUCGUCAGCUCAUUGUCAAGGGCCGCGAAGAAGAAGCUGCCGUAGUCUUCCACCGGAUCUUCCACAAGGCGACGCCCGAGCAAGUUGCAAACAAGAUCAAGCUCAUCAAGAUGUCUAUGGCUGAAGCCGAGAACGCUACCGAGGGCAAAUCACGCUGGCAGCUCAUCAAGGAGCUUCACACCAUUCCCAGGAAUUUCCGCGCUCUUGUUGUUGCCUGUGGUCUGAUGGUGAUUUCGCAGAUGUCUGGCUUCAACACUUUGAUGUACUACUCUUCUACACUAUUCGCUCUCGUCGGAUUUUCGAACCCUACGGCAGUCGGUCUCGUCGUUGCGGGCACAAACUUCGUCAUGACCUUCAUCAACGCCAUGUUUGCCGAUUCUUGGGGUCGUCGCAAGAUUCUCGUGUCGACGGCUUGGGGAAUGUCCGCCGGCCUACUGUCGGUAGCUGUUGCAUUCCAUUGGAUCCCGGUCAACACCUCGACACUUGAACUCGAGCAAAAAGCCAUCUCCACUGCCGCUAUCGUUGUCCUUGUGUUUAUCAUCUUUUUCGUCAUCACCUACGGUGUAUCAGUGGGCAAUACGGCUUGGAUGAGUACUGAUUUCUUCAGCCAGGAAUGUCGCGCUAUGGGCACAAUGUUCCUGACCUGUUCUUGUUGGGGCUCUAAUGUCAUUGUCUCCUCGACCUUCUUGACUCAGAUGCACUCGCUCACUCCGUCCGGCACCUUCGGUUUCUAUGCGGCCAUUUGUUUUAUUGGCUGGAUCCUGAUCAUUUUCUUCUACCCUGAGGUCUCAGGACUUGCGAUCGACGAGACAUCGCAGGUCUUCGAUCAGUCGACGUUCAAGAUGGUCAGCUUUGCAAGGAAGAGGAGACAAGAGCGCAAGGCUGCUGGCGCGCUGAUCAAGAGCAGUGCCAACAUGGUUGUAGGCCACUAG